UCCUUGGAAAUAAAAAUAUUACCAUAUAAUCAACUUGUCAAAAUCUAAUCGCAUUUGAACCGAUUUGGCCAUGGACAAUACGGCGGAAGAAAUCAUUGUUAACGGUAUGCCCGAUAUGAUGGGCCAUAUACAUAACGUAAUAAAUGCCAUAGAAGCUACAUGUGACGUAGCCUCUCCAGCUUCAAUCACUUCAGGAGCUUCCAACAUGACUAUGGUGCAGAUAAUUAAUAAAACCAAGCCAUUGAUGAUACGCUUAGGAGACCACUGCUCAUAUAAGAAUACUACCAAGUUCAUCAACUGGUGCCCCAAGUACUAUGCAGGAAGAGGACAUUUAGUAGCCAGAGCAGUAAGAAGUCCACAUAUUAAUGAUUAUGUUACGGCCGUUCAGGUAUAUGACGCGAAUGAAAAGACAGGUUUACAGGGAGCCCUAGUCGACGUCAUGAAUGAAUGCAACAUUGUGCAGAGUCUUCUAGUUGAACAUUUGGAUAUUAUAAAGAGACCAACUGAAUAUUUUGAAUAAUUUAAAUAUGAAUAUUUAAUGCAACAUUGGAAUAUAUGAGGGAUGUGUUUAAUAAAGUGACAAGAAAGUA